ACCUUGAAAGGAACGAGGCGCCGGACGAGAGGCACGGAGAGAUGGCUGAGCUGAAAUCACGGAGCAGGGAGAGCGUGAACAAGGUGGAGGAGGAGCAGGAGAAGAUGGAGGUGAAAGCCGCGACAGAGGACAGUGCUCUGAAAGAGGUGCCGGCUCCCGAGCCCGCCAAGGACAAGGUGGAGCUGAAGAGGAGCAUCACGCUGUUCAACGGCGUGGGCAUGAUCAUCGGCACCAUCAUCGGCUCGGGCAUCUUCAUCACGCCCACGGGGGUGGUGAAGGAGGCGGGCUCGGCGGGCUUGUCGCUCAUCGUCUGGGCUGUGUGCGGCGUGGUCUCCACCAUGGGUGCCCUGUGCUAUGCCGAGCUGGGCACCACCAUCACCAAAUCCGGCGGGGACUACACCUACAUCCUGGAGGUGUACGGGAACCUGGCGGCCUUCCUCAAGCUUUGGGUGGAGAUGCUGAUCAUCCGGCCCUCCUCCCAGUACGUCGUCUCCCUGGUGUUCGCCACCUACCUCCUCAAGCCCCUCUACCCGGAGUGCUCUGUGCCCGGGAGUGCUGCCAAGCUCAUCGCCUGUCUCUGCCUCACGCUGCUGACGUUUGUGAACUGCAUCAGCGUCAGGGCUGCCACUAAGGUCCAGGACAUCUUCACUGCCUCCAAACUCAUAGCCCUGGCCAUCAUCAUCGCGUUCGGCUUCAUCCAGAUCGGUCGAGGUGACAUCCCUUACCUGCAGCCGGACCUUGCAUUCGAAGACAGUAAAAUGGGAGUGGACAACAUCGUUCUCGCCCUUUAUAGUGGGCUCUUUGCUUUCGGAGGCUGGAAUUAUUUGAAUUACGUUACAGAGGAAAUGAUCAAUCCAGAGAAAAACCUGCCCCUGUCCAUCAUCAUCUCCAUGCCCAUUGUGACAGUGGUGUAUGUGCUGACCAACAUGGCCUACUUCACUACCAUUUCGCCACAAGUGAUGGUGGACUCGGAGGCGGUUGCCGUGGUGUUUGGGGAGUACCACCUGGGCUUCAUGUCCUGGCUUAUCCCAGUCUUCGUGGGGUUGUCCUGCUUUGGCGCUGUCAACGGGAGUCUGUUUACCUCUGCCCGGCUUUUUUACGCUGGUGCUCGGGAGGGACAGCUCCCUGCGGCGUUGGGCCUAGUCCACACUGACCUUUUCACCCCCGUGCCCUCCCUCAUCUUCACUUGCUUGCUGUCCAUGAUGUACGCCUGCUCCAAGGACAUCUUCUCCGUCAUCAACCUGUUCAGCUUCUUCACCUGGCUCUGUGUGGGCAUGGCCAUCGCAGGCAUGCUCUGGCUGCGCUGGAAGAAGCCUGAACUGAGGAGGCCCAUCAAGAUCUGUAUCCUGAUCCCACUGACCUUCGUCCUGGGCUGUGUCUUCAUGAUCGUGGUGUCCUUCUGGGCGGCCCCCUUCGAGUGUCUGAUUGGAAGCGGGAUCAUCCUCACCGGCAUCCCCUUCUACUUGCUGGGAUACAAGUGGAAGAAGCCGCACGUUGUGCGCAAGAUCCUGGAAAUUUUUACAAUGUUCUGUCAGAAGAUUUUCAUGUCCGUUCCGGAGGAUCGCGAUGCUGCCGAGUGACUCUGACAAAGGAAGGAAGGACAGACGGAAAGAAAUAUUUCAGUGUGUUCGUUUCAGUGACAUGUUUACAUUCUAGUUUAUUGUGCUGUUGCUUGGAGUAGUGUCAUCACGUUUUUGCAGGGCUUGUGGGGAAACUAGGCCUCAGGAACGUCAUGAGAGGCAUCUACUUUCCGUUCAACCCCUCUCCCUAUCUUUGCCCUGUUUACUUUGUGUGUGUCAAACUAUUUCUUAAAACAAUGGGUCACAGUGACAGUUCUGUAAGAAAUUAAACCCAGGGAAAGUAUUUGGUUCGAUGUACCAAGCCUUAGUUAAUCAACCUUGUGUGGGCCAUUGACUUGUAUGUUUGGUAGGUCCAGUUAAACUUUUUCCCCUGAUGAUCAUUUUCAAGUUGUCUGUUACAGAAAACAGCCCAGACACUGCCUCUAGGUGCAUGCGUCACUUGUAAGCCCCAUUGGAGGAUAUCCCCUAUUUAUAAUGAGGACAUGCUGUCUCGGAAGUUGUUGCUUCUCAUUUUUGCAGUGAUUAAAACAGGAGUGCUCAAUUGGAUUCAUUGAGGAAAAGAACAAGUGUUACCCAUGAAUAUUCAAGCUGAAACGCAUUGUGCUUUUUGUACAUUUAAACAUUUAAAGACAAACCAUUUGAAACUAGGAAUUGUUCUCUCAACUCGUGAAAUGUCCUGACUGACAUCACCCCUCCACCCCUGAAAAGUUCUGUAACAGAACCUUUCAGAACCUUAUUCAAGGUGUGAUUAUAUGUGUUACGGUGCAGUGUGCUGUUUGUAAAGUCCAUUUCAGGUCUUUUGAUUCCAGCUUUUUUGCAAUUGGGCAGUCAAUGGCCCAAUGUUGCCUUGUCUUUUGCUUGGUUAAAAGUCAGUUGGUGUGUGAUUCGUGAGACCAGUCUAGAGUGAACAGUGCCAACAGCAUAGCCAGCAGGUGUAAUUGGAGCCACUUUGUUAGUUGUGCAUUCGUAGGCAUUUUGCAUUAAGGAAUCAACAAAAUGUUGUUAGAUGUAGCCUGUAUUACAGACCACUGCCUGUUUUUUCACACUUGAUUGGCUGUAUCACUCACAUGAUGUGGUCAGGAGCAGGGCUCCCGAGUGGUUCAGUCAGUUAAGGGGCUUGUUCCAAGCACAGGCUUAGCCCCACAGCCCAGACCCAUGGGCUCUGUCAUUGACCAACAAUGACCAAGAGUGCACAGCGGAGGAACACAAUCAUCUCCAUUCUGCCAGAGGUUUGGAGAGUCCCAUCGACCAGGGUCUCCUCACCACACAACUCAACAGCACCCUUGAGUGACUAUGAAUUCCUCAGGUGAUGUCAGUGGGGGGUUAUGCCCAUCCUCUGUUCAGCGUUUGCCCUCCUGUGGUGCACUGUGGGACUUGUAGUGUAAAAAGUAGCCACUGGCUGCAGGAGAAUGUGUCCUGUGUUAAGGGACAGAACGAGCAUAACAUGCACAAUUGCCAAUUCGAAAGUUGGCAAGAAAAUUGGUAAAGAGCACAAAAAUGGAAAAAAAAAUCAAGAAAAUGACAAAAGCAACAACACCACAAGUCAAAAUAAUGGGAGCACUGAAAGUGCAUUCUACAAAUGAUUAAAAAGGGUGAAUUAUGAAAGCAAUGUAAAUAGACGUAUCUAUAUUUUUGUCUUCUUGUUUUUGUCUCUGUAAAGGAUUUUAAUGAAUGUCAGCAUUAGGGGACAACAAUUCUUUGAGGAGAUCCUAUACCUGUCCCAGGUGACUGAAAUGUAAUGUACAGCCAGUGUUGAGAGUAUGAAUAUAGAUUAUCUGACGCCAUGUUAUGACUAUAAAGUAAAGCCUUCGAUUGUACAAGCUGCAUUAUCGAAUGUUACUGUCUAAGGUUUGUACUGUACUUUUUGUAAAUGAACCUAAAUGAAAUUACUGUAUCUCUGUCAACUAUAAAGGUAUUUGUCAGUAACCAUGGCAGGUAAACCAUGUACGAUUAAAGUAUUUUUGUUCUAAAAGUCCUUUUGUGUCAGGUGGUCCUCUCAACAGAGGUAUAAAUUGAUGUGAAAAAUGGCUAUUUCUAGAGAUUCUCCCUGUAACUGCUCUCAAAUGAGGCCCACAUUUUCAAUGUUCCCUGGUCAUUAGCUUCCUCUACUUCACUUGUGAAAUUGAAGGAAUCAUCUUGCAUGCCACUGACAGUGCACUUAGGAGGAGGCAACUUGGGUUUUAAAAUCAGAUAGGUGGCAUUUGAAGGAGCCCUCAGCGUUCGAUACCUCAAUCACAAAGCCAGACAUUAAAAUUGACUGUCAUCAACAGCAAGCACGCACACCCUCAAGUGCACAUGAGCCAAUUCUUCUCUUUCAGUCUGUUGGCACUGUCUUAUACUUGUGUUUCCUGU